CAAGACUGCAGAGCUCAGCCCUAGAACAGGACAAGGCUAGACGAGACAGAGACCACCAGCAGCAGCAGUCCCACUACCAGAGAGGACGGGCUCUGAAUGUCUUGUCUCCACCCGCAGCUCCUACUCCUCCUGCCGCUCUUCCUCCUCUUUCUCCUCCUCCACCGAGCACACUUACUCAGGCACCAUGCCUGAAUGCUGGGAUGGGGAACAUGACAUUGAGACUCCGUAUGGGAUGCUACACGUGGUUAUUCGUGGGGCCCCCAAAGGAAACAAGCCUGCCAUCCUCACCUACCACGAUGUGGGGCUUAACCACAAGUUGUGCUUCAACAGCUUCUUCCACAACGAGGACAUGCAGGAGAUCACCAAGCACUUUGUGGUGUGUCAUGUGGAUGCUCCUGGACAGCAGAUUGGAGCCUCUCAGAUGCCACAGGGGUACCAGUACCCCACCAUGGACCAGCUGGCAGGCAUGCUGCCCAGUGUAGUGCAGCACUUUGGAUUCAAGAGCAUUGUGGGCAUUGGAGUUGGGGCUGGCGCUUACGUCCUGGCCAAAUUUGCUCUGAUCUUCCCUGAUCUGGUGGAGGGCCUGGUGCUGCUCAACAUCGACCCCAACGGGAAGGGCUGGAUCGACUGGGCCACUGGCAAGCUCUCUGGGCUCACCAGUGCUCUUCCAGACACAGUCCUGCCCCACCUCUUUAGCCAGGAGGAGCUGAUGAACAACACAGAGCUGGUCCAGAGUUACCGUCAACAGAUCAACAACACCGUCAACCAGGUCAACCUGCAGCUCUUCUGGAACAUGUACAACAGCCGUAGGGAUCUGGAGAUGAACCGCUCUGGGACCAUCAUCAAUGCCAAGACCCUGAAGUGCCCUGUCAUGCUUGUUGUUGGUGACAAUGCUCCAGCUGAGGAGGGAGUGGUUGAAUGUAAUUCCAAACUUGACCCGACCAACACCACCUUCUUAAAGAUGGCUGACUCUGGUGGACUUCCUCAGCUCACACAGCCUGGAAAACUGUCCGAAGCAUUCAAGUACUUCCUUCAGGGGAUGGGCUACAUUGCGUAUGUGAAGGAUCGGAGGUUGAGUGGAGGGCCAGUGCCCUCUGCCAGUAUGACCCGUCUGGCACGCUCCCGAACGGCCUCACUGACCAGUGGCAGCUCCAUUGAGAACUCUCGUAUCCGGGGUUUUACACACACUGACAGCAACGAGGGCCAGGUCAGCCACACCAUGGAGGUGUCCUGCUGAACCCUCAAACACACACACGUAGAUAAACAGACAGACAGAAUGACGUUGGUUGGAGAGAGAUGAGUUUCUACUUUGAAAUUGUUAGUGCAGGAUGUUCUCUCUAUCUAUCUCUAUUUGUCUUUGUCCUAGUAUUAUCUUUCCCAAAGUCCCUCAGUAUUUGACAACUUUU